AUGGGACAACAGCUAACUACCCCCCUAAGUUUAACUCUAGGUCACUGGAAAGAAGUUAAAGGCCGAGCUCACAAUCAAUCUGUGGAAAUCAAGAAGCACCAGUGGAUAACCCUUUGUUCCUCUGAGUGGCCAAUGUUUAAUGUUGGUUGGCCUCGGGAUGGGACUUUUGAUUCUGAGGUAAUUUUGCAGGUUAAAGCUAAAAUCUUCUCCCCUGGACUAAUGGGGCAUCCGGACCAAGUGGCUUACAUAGUUACUUGGGAAAACCUUUCCCUUGACCCACCACCGUGAGUAACUCCUUUUCUCAGUCCUUCACGAAGAGUCCCCCUCCCUUCUGCUCCUAACCCGGACCCUCCGACCGUCUCCUUGUUUCCUGUUGUGGUGAAACCAAAGCCUGUUCUGCCCCCUGAUGAGAGUGUUCCUGCUGAUCUGCUGAGUGAGAAUCCCCCUCCCUACCACCCUCCUCUGCAGGCCGCUGCGGCUGUUCCAAACGACGCCCAAGCAGAGGGACCAGAGGUCGCUCCCUCCCCCAUCGCAGGGCGACUCAGGGACAGGAGAGGACAAGGAGAUUCCUCACACAUCCUGCCCCUCCGACUCGCAGGAGGGGAGGGAAACCAGUUACAGUAUUGGCCCUUCUCCGCUUCAGACCUGUAUAACUGGAAAACUCAUAACCCGUCCUUUUCCCAAGACCCGCAGGCCCUAACAGCCCUGAUAGAAUCUAUCCUCCUUACCCACCAACCCACGUGGGACGAUUGCCAACAGCUCCUGCAAGGCCUAACUACGGAGGAAAAGCAGAGAGUCAUUCUGGAAGCCCAAAAGCAUGUCCCGGGGGCAGACGGGAGACCAACCCAACUGCCAAACGAGAUCGAGGCUGCCUUUCCCCUCACCAGACCUGCUUGGGAUUUCAACACGGCUGAAGGUAGGGAACACCUACGUCUUUAUCGCCAGGUGCUUGUAGCGGGCCUCCAAGGGGCAGGGAGACACCCCACCAAUUUGGCCAAGGUAAGAUCAGUAAUGCAGGGAACCAAUGAGCCGCCCACUGUGUUUUUAGAAAGACUUAAAGAGGCAUAUCGCAGGUACACUCCCUUCGACCCGGAUAGUCCUGAUCAAGAAGUGAGUGUUUCUAUGUCUUUCAUAUGGCAAUCAGCCCCUGAUAUCAGGAGUAAGCUCCAGAGAAUAGAAAAUUUGCAGGGGCAAGGUCUCAGAGACCUCUUGAGGGAGGCAGAGAGAAUUUUUAACAAGAGAGAGACGCCAGAAGAAAGAGAAGAAAGACAGAAAAGAGAGGCAGAAGAUAGAGAGGCAAUGAGAGAUAGGAAGCGAAAUAAAGAAUUAAGCAGAAUCCUGGCCACAGUAGUAAGA